AUGACAAUGGAGUUUCGCACUGAGAUCAUUGAGAAGCUUUGCAAAGGCGAAAUCUGGGGAAUCUUUUGCACAGAUGCAGCAGGGAUGGGCCUCGACCUUCGAGAUAUUCAGUUAGUUAUCCAGUGGGGCUACACUGGAUCAUUGUGUGCACUUAUGCAGUAUUUAGGACGAGCCGCUCAUGACCCUGCAGUGACUGCAAUAGCAAUGUACUUUGUCGAGCGAGAGCACUUCAACACUUACAAGGGCAAAUGGAAGCAACCUGCCAGCUCAUCAAAAAAGUGGCUCUCACAAAAGAGUGCCAAGGUCGAUGAGAGUGAAGGGAGUGCUGAUGGAGAUAGCACGGAUGAUGAUGAUAUUAAUGACAAAGAUGGUAGAAAUGGCACAGGGAACAAUGCGGAAGGACCAGGAGUCUCACAACAAAUACUUCCCACCAGCCUCGAUAAUGAGGAGUACGAAGCAGCUGCAAUGGCAGCAUUCAUCAAUGGACAUCUGUUUGUUGAUGCUGAAUUGUUGACAAAUGACGCAACAUUGAGUGUCAACUUACUUCCAACACAAGCUCCAUCGUCAAUGCAAGCCAAAUGCAAGAUCAAGAUUCCCGAACACGAGAUGACAUCUGGCGAGCACCGAUUACGGGAGAAGUUGUGGGAAUGGCGUAAAUUUCAGAUGGUGGAAGAAGGUCUUGACAGUGAUGUCUUUUUCGGUCCUCAAGUCAUCAUGUCAAACAAAACUCUCGACUGGAUUGUUGAGUUAGCAUAUGGGUUGAAGCUUCCUGAUGUCACAUCCCUCUGUCAGCAAACUGACUGGUGCCAUGUGAACGAGUAUGACACCAAAAUCAUCGAUAUAGUCCUGGCAUGUAUACCCACCCAUCCAACUCCAGCACUAGCACCCUCAACACAGCAAAAUCUGUCAACACCUAGUUCACCUCAGGCUGUGGCUCCAUCAAAAUGGCAGAAUCGUUGUAGCGCAUGUCUAGGAGUAGGGCACAAUGGGUGA